AUGGAAGAUGUCCAGAUGAUCGAUGUGUCGGAGCCACCGGUUCGGAUGGCAACCCGUGGACAAAGAAUAAAUUAUGCUGAGCUGAACAGCUCUAGCAGUAUUGGAUUCAGCACAGCAUCUAAUCAGUUCAGCACCCCACUCAGUGAAUCGGUGGAAACCUCUGGCAAUGAGAGCAUCUUCCGUUCACCAACAGCUAGCACGCGUGGUCGAAAAAGAAGGCCUACUUAUGAUGAUGCAUCAUCUAUAACUUCCUGGAGUAUUCCAAAACGAGGCCGUCCACGUGGUACAGGAUUAGCUAGAGGUGCACGUGGUGGUGGUGUCCGACGUUCACUUUUGGGAGAUCAGCAAGCCCAAUCCAUAUCGGAAAUAGAUGAGACAGGAUUAUUUGGAGCCGUUAAAACCGGAAGGAAUCUGGAGCAAGCUAUUGAUGAAUGGAUUGAAGAAUACGAACGCAAUCCUGAUGCCGCUUUGGUGAAGCUACAGCAGUUCUUCAUAUCUUGCUGCGGUUGCAAAGGCACAAUCAAUGCCCAUAUGCUUAGUACUAUGGAAUACAGCGAAAUCAUUCGACGCAUGACUGAAGAUUUUGAUGAAGAUUCCGGUGACUAUCCGCUUAUCCUUACGGGAACACAGUCGUAUAAUCCGCAACAACCUUCAUCAUGA